AUGGCACCUCCCCAUCCUCCGCUCAGCGACAUCUCUCUUGAAGGGCUGUAUGCUCUUCUCCGACCGAUCACAGUCUCCCCAUCUUCAUCUAGGGCUACUUUUUAUAAUUGGGGAAGAACCUUCCGAUGCACACCUCUUUCUGUCUUCGAACCGGAAACAGAAUAUCAGUGCGAGCUCAUCCUUGAGCUCGCUCGACGUGAAGGUCAAACUGUCCGUGCCGUUGGUGUUGGUCAUUCACCAAGCGACCUUGCAUGUACCAAGGGCUAUAUGGUGAAGAUGCAAAAGAUGAAUAUGAUUCUGGAGGUCAAUGCCGAAAAGCACUACGUAUGUGCUCAGGGCGGUAUCACACUCGAGCGCCUGCAUGCAGCACUAGAUGCGAAGGGCCUAGCCAUGAGCAAUCUUGGUUCCAUCUCAGAACAGACCCUCGCCGGAAUGGUGACGACAGCCACCCAUGGUACUGGUAUCAAUCAGCGAGUCUUGUCUUCACAUGUUCAAAUGCUCCGUCUUCUCCUUGCCGAUGGCUCGCACGUCUCGUGCUCGCCAACUGAACGACCUGAUCUCUUUUACGGUUCUCUUUGUGGAUUAGGGAGUACGGGCCUUAUAUUACGCGUUCAGCUACACGUCGUUCCUUCCUUCCUUUUGCGCGAAUCGCAAGAGACUUUCAAGUUUGAUCCCACUCUCGACAAUCUAGACGAGAUAGUCCAUUCCGCGGAAUACGUACGACUCUGGUGGUGGCCGCAAGCAGACGCUGUACGAGUCAGCAGCAUGGACAAAACUUCCGAACCCAAGCUAUUCACAAGCAGUUGGCUGUGGCAUUCGUUAAUUGGAUACCACGUAGUCCAAUUCUUGCUUUUUAUUGGCCUCGUGAUACCUGCAUUCAACAUCUGGGUUGGAAAGUUUACUUCUUGGUUAGUUGGCAACAAGACCGUAUCCGUUGGUGGCUCCUUGGAGAUCUUCAAUAUUGAUUGCAAGUACCGACACCAUACCACAGAGUGGGCUCUGCCAUACGAACACGCGCAAGCCUGUCUACGCGAGCUUCGCGGUUGGUUUGACUCCGAGUUCGCCGAUCCAGAUGGUCUCCGUCCGCAUUGUUCCCUCGAAAUCCGAUUCUCGGAUGCUGACGGUGUGUGGUUGAGUCCAAGUUAUGGGCAGCGUACAUGCUGGAUUGGGAUCAUGCAGUACAAGCCAUACGGGUUUAAUGUCCCUUACAGACAACUGUUCGGCCGCUUUGAGGAGAUAGUUACCCGUCACGGAGGGCGCCCGCACUGGGCGAAAGCUCAUCAGCUACGGCCGAAAACCCUCAAGGCAAUUUAUCCUCGCUUCGAGGAUUUCCAACGACUGCUUGAGCACGUCGAUCCGAACGGUCUCUUCCGCAACGAGUACGUCUUGCGUCAUAUCUUUGGGCGCGAAGGUCCACAGUUCGAUGGCCGCGUGUUCAAGGAAAGGCUGUGA